AUAGGUUUACCCACUUUCUUUAUUAGGAGGGCAUUACUAUGCAGCAGCAUUAAAGUAGUUUCUGAUCCAGAUAAAGAAGUGGGUAUGUACUCGUACAUCGGGAUUUUAGACUUCAAACGUGCCAAGAUUAAUAUUGUGUCACGUCAGAUCAGGCAGGUUUUGAACCCUCACCCCCUCUGAUUUUGACGAAAAUCGCUGUAUAGGAUUCAAAUGGGCCCAAAUGGACCUGACAGCAAAAAUAAUAAAAAUUGUGGAUUUUAUGGGGAGUACCAUUUUUGGAACUUUUCAUAUCAGAGCAAAAAUGUUUAUAUAUUAUUCUAUCGCCGUUUUGUUAGUAUAUAUGAUCAUUAAAAGAAAAUUUUAUUUAUCUAAAAUAAAAUCAAUACCUUGCAAGAAAUCUUUACCUUUAUUUGGACAUACUCUUAUUUUACUUGCAGGACCAAAAAGUAUAGGAAAUCUUGUUAAGACUUUUCAACAAGAAUGCAAACGAAUCUGCACUGUAUGGUUCGGACCUGUUCCGUGCAUCGUAGUUUAUAAUGCUGAAGACAUGCAGACAAUUCUACGAAACUCUAAGGAAAUUCCCAAAGGACAAUCCUAUAAUUUUUUGAGACCUUGGCUUGGCGAAAGUAUAUUAAUAAGUGACGGUCAAAAAUUUAGACAAAAUAAGAAAAUAUUAGUGCAGACUUUCCACAAGACCAACCUACUGGACUUUCUGCCAAUUUUUAACGACAAUGCUGAUAAUUUAAUCCAAAAUUUUGCUAAACACGUUGGUAAAGGAGAAUUUGCAACGGACUUAUAUUUGGCCACCGGUGCUAUGUUUAAUUUGUUAGGAACAACUUUGGGAGUUCACAGGGAUAUUUUAACAGAAGAGGAAGCUUUUAAUUACUCAUUAUCUGUUGAAAAGAUGGGUGAAUUUGUGUUUACAAGGAAUAUCAAGUUCUGGCUAAGACCCGAUAUAUUUUUUUACUUUUCUAAUUUAAAGAAAAAACAAGAUGACCAUCUUAACAUUCUAAAUAAUUUAACCGAAAGAGUAAUCCUUAGCAAAAAAAAGGAAUUCGAUGAAAGAAAAUCCAGUUCGAUUACAGAAUUUGAUGAAAAUAAAAAAGUAUUGUUUUUGGAAAACUUUUUUUCUGCUACGAAAUUAAAUGGUGAACCAUUUACUUUAAAAGAAAUUAAAGACGAGGUUAUGACAAUGAUGUUUGCUGGACAAGAUACAACUACUGUUACUUUAGGAUUCGUAUUAAGUCUUUUAGGAAUACAUCAAGACGUUCAAGUUAGUAUGCAUUUUAUUGAACUUUUAUUUAAUAAUAAAGUAUAUAAGGAGUUGGAAGAAAUUCUAGGAUAUUCAGAUAGAGAUAUAAAUUACGAAGAUACACAAAAAAUGGUGUAUCUAGAACAAGUUAUAAAAGAAACUUGGCGUUUAUACCCACCAAUCAACAGCAUUAUGCGGGUUCCUAUUAAGGACAUAAAUUUAGGACAAUAUGUUUUUCCAAAGGGCACUACUUUGUUGUGUUCAAUAUUUUUAUUGCACAGAAAUGAAGAAUAUUAUCAUGAUUCCCAUAGAUUUAAUCCUGAAAGAUUUAAUUCUGACAAUGAUAAAAAUAGACCACCAUACAGUUUUUUGCCCUUUUCAGAAGGUGUACGAAAAUGCAUAGGUUCAAAAUAUGCCAUGCUCGUGGUCAAAGUAUUUUUGGCAAAAAUUCUUAGUCAAUACAGAGUUAUUUGUAAUCAAAAGCAAAGAGAUUUUAAGUUGUCCCUGCAACUUACAGUCAGAAGAAAGGAGGGAUUUUUAAUUAGUUUGGAACCAAGAAAAUAAUGCAAUUAUUUUUUUUAUUUAUUUAAAAUUUAUUGUUUUUUUAUUUACUUACCAUAAAAGGUUUAUUGUAGAGAUAAAUAAAUCGCCAAGGUAUAUUAAAAUAAAUGAAAUAAAAGUUGUUUAGUUCUUAUAUAUUUAUUGUUAAAAUCCUACCAUUAGUUUGUAUGUCU